AUGAACGUCCAAAUCCGUGUUCCACAGUCGACUGGAGCAGAUGAAGUAAUUGCGAAGUUGGUGGCAUUGGAUAGAGAUUCUGGCGACAACGGAAAAAUCUCGUAUUCUGUGGUGGAAUCUUACGAAAUGUUCCACUUGGAUAGCAAUGAUGGAACUCUUACUCUGACAUCUCCGCUCCCUUCCGAUGCUGAAUAUCUGCUUACCGUAACAGCAAGUGAUCAUGGGCUACCGUCACUUUCUACAUCUAUUCCAGUAAGGGUCAAAGCCUCACUAGACGAAGCCCAACAGCGCCCGCAGUUCCCAACCACUGCUUACGACUUCCUGGUGUCGGAAUCUUGGACUCUUCACAUCCCAUUCGGCAAUGUUUCCAUUGGCAACGAACCGUACUUCUACCGUAUCUUGGACUCAAAGGCUGCUGAAGUGUUUGAUAUCGAUAACUUUGGUCGAAUGUCACUGAAGACUGCUCUGGAUAGGGAAACUAAAGACCAGUAUAGCUUUAUCGUCGAUGUUGGCACUCAUCCAGUUACUUACCAUCAAAAUUCCACUGCUGCCGUAACCAUUCGAGUGACCGACACCAAUGACAACUCGCCCGUCUUCAGUCCUUUGAGCUCAGAAGUAACUCUCCGAGAUGGACUGAAGAGUGGAGAAGUGCUGCAAAGAUUUGUCGCCACCGAUGCAGAUGAUGGCGAAAACGGUCGCGUUAGCUAUCGUAUCCUUUCCGGGAAUGAUUACGGUAUCUUCUCUAUUGGAUCGGACACUGGCGCGUUGAUGUUUAAUCAAUGGGAUGACGAACAGCUUGUGCGACAUAACGAUGGAAAGUGGGCAUUGUAUAUUGAAGCUAGGGACCAUGGAUCGGAGCCAAGAUCAGCGGUACUGCCUGUGCAGGUUUCACUCCAGCUGCAAACCUGGUCAGGUUCGGCACCUUUCUUCGUAAUUCCCGCCUACGUUGUGCCAAUUCUGGAAACAACCAGCAGAGACACUGUCGUCUUCACAGCCCAUGCUACCAAUCGCUUCGGGAUUCCCAUGAAAGUGCGAUAUGAUUUAAAGGAUAAUGACCAGGUAUGCUUCCGAAACUAAAG